CACGACCACAACGUCGACUUGACAAGCUCAGAGCUUCGAUCGAGACAGAUAAUGAGCUGAAGAGCACCUCGCUGUCCUGUCUCCACCCUGUCUUCACACCUCCACCACCUCGCCCGCCGGAUACCUCGGCUACACACAAUAUGCUGCAGCGGUAGCAUUGACGUGGGCCGGGUGGCCGUAUACAUUCCUAUCUCCUCUCCCACUCAGACGCAGCGGCGAUACAGCUCGUGGUGGGGCAGACGAACCAUGGCGACCGAAGCGAAUGCGCAGCACCAGCAGAAUGCGAGCGGGAAGAACGAAGCAGACGAGGAGCCUAUCGACCCGAAAGUCAUGGAGCAAUUGAAAGCCGCCAUGUCUCCUGCCGAUAAGCAGUACGCCGCGCUGAAAGAUGUGCCGAGGAGAAUACAUAUCAUAGGGACAGGAAGCAUAGGGAAAUUGGUCGCGCAUGCAUUGCGAGGCAUUCCGGACCCGCCACCAGUGACUCUGAUCUUCCACCGGUAUCAGCUGUUGCAAGCAUGGGAGAAGAGCAAGAAAGUCAUUACAGUCCAGGACGGAGAAUUCACUGUUACCAAAGAUGGCUUCGAUGUCGAGCUCAUGCCCAUGACCCGGAGACAGCACGGCAAGACGUUGGAGGAGGGUAGUCCGAAUUUCUAUGAUGUCUCCAGCGAGGCUGGGACGAAACCGCAUGAGGUGGCGAAACUCAUGGAAGAGCAACAGCAACAGGGCAGCGGAGGGACGACUGCAUUCAAGCCGGUCGAGGUUUCUGACGACGACACUGUUGCUGCGGCUGCUGAGCGUAAAUCACUACCCGGCGACUACGCGGUGUCAAAUGAGCCUAUACACAACCUCAUAAUAUGCACGAAGACCAUCCGCACGCUCAAUGCUUUGUCUGCUGUGAAAUCGAGGAUUUCCAAGGACAGCACCAUCUGCUUUCUGCAAAAUGGCAUGGGCGUGAUUGACAAAGUCAACGAGGCGAUCUUCACAGAUGAGGCCACAAGACCGCAAUAUCUGCAGGGCGUCGUCUCGCACGGCUCAUACGUACCACCCUCAAAGGCUGUCGAAGACCCGUUCUUCGUGGUACACGCUGGACAUGGAACAAUCGCACUCGGCGCUGUACCGCCCCGACCCACCAAAACAAGUGGUCGUCCACCAACACCCACAGGCCACGGCACCGACAAAACCGGCGAAAUGGAUGAGACCCAAGUCAACGAACUUCAACCCACAGCCCGCUACAUCACUCGAACCCUAACGCGAACCCCCGUACUCGCCUGCGUGGCCUUCACUCCGCUCGAAUUGCUUCAGCUCCAGCUCGAAAAGCUGGCCGUCAACAGCGUCCUGAACCCCCUCACAGCCUUGAUAGACAAUCGAAACGGUUCCAUCCUUUACAACUUCGCCUUCACCCGCACGAUGCGACUCAUGCUCGCCGAAACCUCUCUCAUCAUUCGGUCAUUGCCCGAGCUCCGCGGAAUUCCCAAUGUGCCGAAUCGCUUCAGCUCCGAACGUCUGGAAACAUUGGUCGUGUCUGUUGCGCACAAGACAAGAAACAAUAUCAGCUCAAUGCUCGCGGAUGUCAGAAGAGGUGCACAAACUGAGGUCGAGUUCAUCAACGGGUACAUUGUCAAGAGAGGUGAAGAGAUGGGGAUCAAGGCUGUGGUGAAUUAUAGUAUGAUGCAGGUUGUAGUCGGAAAGGCAAUGAUGUCGCAGAGGGAGUAUGAAGAUGAAGUGCCGGUUGCUGGAACGGGGCGAAGAGCGAAUGUGAAUCGGGAGUAAGAUAUGAGCACGAUGUGUGUAGAUUAUGCACUCUGAGCAUACUUUUGUAAAUUUGUCAAGGGAUGUACAAAGCUACAUUUUCUGCAGCCCGCUCCCAGCGGUUUCAGCUUCGCAGGCUUUGAAGAGGACAGCCGCCUGCACGAUGGCCUCCCUGC